CCGAUAUUAAAGAUUAAAUGGUCUUUCCAAAACUUUUAUUAAAUACAACUGCUGCUGUAAUUUUUAUAAGCUGCCCAAUUUCAAUUGGCUCUUAUUAUUUAUAUGAACAAUUGUAAAUAGAUAAAUCAUAAGUAAUAUUUAAUAUAACAUUUAGACAGCCUAUGCAUUAAAAAUACCUUUGACAUAUUUUAUAUUGUAUCAUUUAGGAGUGAUUUAUAUUUGGGUUACUUUAAUUUGGCAUGCCUAUUUAGGCACUGGAGAUAAUUUAAGAAACUUACUUACGAAUAUAUGGCAAAAUCAUUACAAAGUCUCUUACCCUAUUAUUCUAUUUAAUGAAGUAAUGUUUUUUAUAUAAAUUAACUAGAUUUUUAGUUUUGUUAUAGCUCUCUAUGGAACUUUUGAUACAAACUUAUAAAAAUAUACAGCAACUCAACUUUUAUAUUAUGCAUCAGCUUUUUUUGUUUGCAAUCAUGUUUAUUCAUUAUAUUCAAGAAAUAUUGUCAGAAGAAAUGAUGUACAUUAAUUACCACAUUGUGAUAAAAGAUUAUUUUAAACGUACGAAUACCUUUUUUAUAUUUAAACACUGAUCAUAUUUGUUUGUAAAUUAUCAUAUUUUCUAAUUUUAGGUUUUUAUUAUUCUAUCAAAUUUGAUAAUUUGUAAAAAGAAAUUAAGCCUUUUAUAAAGUUUCUAAUCAAUUAGUUAAUGUUUCAUGUCUUUGAAAUUACAAAGAUAUAUUUUGUCAUAAAUCUAUUUGUUUUGAUUUAAUUUCUUUAAGUUAUUAUAGAUGGUAUCUAAUUAGUUAGAGACUAUGAUUAAAUUUCGUAUGUAAUUGCUAGUGUAACUGUAGCAAGCAUAAUCAUAGCCUUUAUCUAUAAUCUUCAUAUAUUAGUAAACAUAUACAUAUUAUCGAGGGUUAAUAUUAUUUAUAACUAAGGAAUUGUAGGGAUGGAAGAUUUUUUAAUGAUAAUCCUUAAGUUUAAAUCACUAAUUUGAGAGAAGAAGAUUUAGAAAAAUUAGAAAUUAAAUCUUUUAAUUCUUAAAUAGAAGUUUAAUAAAAAAGAAACUAAGCUGUAGAUUUAGCUUAGUUAGAAGAAUAAAAUAAUAAUACUAUUUAAUGUCCAAUUUGUGGAGAUGAUAUUCAAAAGAAAUAGAAAAUUAUAUUAUUAGAAUGCUAACAUAUAUUUCAUACAGACUGUCUAAUCAGAUGGCUCAAAAUCAAAAACUCUUGUCCUUAUUGUAGGAGAUCAGCUGUAAAAUGUUAAUAAUGA